AUUCAAUCCCCAGGCAAACUUUCCCAUUCAAGGAUCGGCUCAUAGUCGUCAGAAACGCAUGUCGAAGCUUCAUUCUUUCAUUUCUCCAGGCAGCUUGUUCAUAUGCAACUCACAGCAGCCUCAGCAUCCUAUGUAUCCAUUAUCACUAUUUCCACCAGUAGACCAGAGUGUUGCAGCAAUAGUAUUUGGAGAUGGAUCAGAGUCGCGACUCUAUCCAUUGACGAAGAGAAGAUCAGAAGGGGCUAUUCCUAUGGCAGCAAACUAUAGACUUAUUGAUGCAGUUGUGAGCAACUGCAUUAACAGUAACAUAAACAAGAUUUAUGCUCUCACGCAAUUCAACUCUACUUCUCUCAACUUCCACCUAUCAAGAGCCUAUUCUGGAGUGUUUCGCGGGAAAGAGGGAUUUGUCGAAGUCAUUGCUGCAUAUCAGGGCCUUGAAGAACAGGGCUGGUUCCAGGGAAGUGCAGAUGCAAUAAGAAGAUGCUUGUGGGUGCUAGAAGAGCAUCCAGUGGAUGAGUUUCUGGUCCUUCCAGGCCACCAUUUGUACAAAAUGGAUUAUCAGAAGCUAAUUGAAGGUCAUCGAAACAGAAAAGCUGAUAUAACUAUUGUGGCUUCAAGUGCUAUAAGAGAUCAAGACCCUGGUUUAGGCCUUCUGAAAGUGAAUUCAGAAAAUCAAGUCAUAGAGUUCAGCAUGAAGUCAGAUAGUGAACCAAUGAGUUCCAUUUCAGCACAAGCCUCAAGAAGAUUCCAAAACAGUACUCAUGCUAACAUUUCAAGCAUGGGGAUUUAUCUCAUUAACAGAGAUGUAAUGGCAAGGCUUGUAAAUGAACACUUUCCUGAAGCGAACGAUUUCGGAUAUGAACUAAUACCAGGUGCAAUAUCCAUUGGCAUGAAGGUCGAAGCUUAUCGAUUUGAUGGAUAUUGGGAGGACAUGAGGAGCAUAGAAGCAUUUUACCAAGCAAACAUGGAGUGCACAAAGACAUCAAAUAUGAGAUAUAACUUCUACGACAGAGAUUCCCCCGUCUACACGAUGCCUCGAUGCCUGCCACCAUCUCUUAUCAGAGAUGCUCUGAUAUCAAACAGUGUCAUUGGACAUGGUUGCAUAAUCAAUAGAUGCAAGAUCAAAGGUACAAUUGUCGGUAUGAGGACGAGAAUCGGAGAUGGAGCUACAAUAGAGAAUUCUGUGAUCAUGGGGUCUGAUAUCUAUCAAAAAGAAGAUGUUGAAAGCAGUGCCAAUGAAGGCCAGGCCAGGGCCAUUCCAGUGGGGAUCGGUGAAGAUACUCAAAUAAGAAAAGCUAUUAUUGAUAAGAAUGCAAGGAUUGGCAAAAAUGUUAUGAUCAUCAAUAGAGACAAUGUCCAAGAAGGGGACAGAGAGGCAAAUGGCUACAUUAUAAGUGGUGGAAUAGUGGUGGUUCUUGAGGGAGCUUUGAUCCCAGAUGGCAGCAUUUUGUGAGAUC